UCCCCCACAGUUUUUUUCUCUUCUCAAUUCUCAUUUCUCAAAGGCAAACACAAGAAGCUCUCUUUCCUUCUUCUUCCUCCUCUCUGCCCAGCGCCUUUAUUCUCAGGGGGCUGUGUUUUGAGUUUUCGUUUUCAUUUCUGCUAAGCAAUUCGUCGAACAGUUUGUGGACUUCAUCACUGUUUUGAGUGUUUUCCCUCCCAUGCACUCCUUCUUUUCCGGCGAUGUCGGUGUGGAGCUAUGGAGACUCCGGAUAACCAUUUCAGUCUCGAGUAGUUUCCCGGGAUGAAUGCAAGAGAGACAAACUCACUGCGAGCUUAGCAGAACGGGAAAAAAAAAAAAGAAAAAAAGCUUGACUUUUCUUCGCAAUUCUUCUCCAACAAAAAAAUUUGAUUUUUUUUUUUUGGGGGGGUGGGUUGGUUGGUUGCAAUGGCUGACGUCAACACGAACCCGGGUGACGCCUCGUCGUCACGCGAAGACGGGGCUGUGAAGGCGGUGAACAAGCGGUACGAGGGUCUGGUGGCGAUUCGCACCAAGGCUAUAAAGGGGAAAGGAGCUUGGUAUUGGACUCAUCUUGAGCCCAUUUUGAUUCGGAACCCGGAAACUGACCUUCCAAAAGCUGUGAAGCUCAAGUGCAAUCUUUGCGACGCUGCGUUUUCGGCUUCAAACCCGUCGCGGACCGCCACGGAGCAUCUCAAGAGAGGCACGUGCCCGAAUUUCAGCGCGGUCUUGAGACCCAUUUCUCAAUUGCCGCCUUUAGCUUCUCCCACUUCGCAGAAUUACCGGAAGCGGAGCUCAAAGCAAGCUGGGGUGGCGUCUUCGAGUUCAUACCCCGUUGGGCUGGUGGAUUCUCCGCGGUUUUGUAAUGAGACGCCGGCUUAUUCACAAACUCCGCUUGCUAUGGUUACUAACACGGGCAUGACUCACCAGCCGGUGGUGUUGUCCGGCGGAAAAGAGGAUUUGGGCGCGUUAGCAAUGCUGGAAGAUAGCGUGAAGAAGCUUAAAAGCCAGAGACCUUCGCCCGGUCCAUCUCUAAAAAAGGAACAGGUCGAUUCAGCUUUCAAUUUGCUAGCUGAGUGGUUCUACGAAUCCUGCGGCUCCGUUUCCUUCUCGUGUCUUGAGCAUCCAAAGUUCAAAGCUUUCUUGAACCAGGUGGGGUUACCCGCCGUGUCAAAGAAGGAAUUUUCUGGGCCUAAUCUUGAUUCAAAGUUUGAGCAAGCAAGAAUGGAGUCGGAAGCUAGAAUUAAAGAUGCUGCAUUUUUCCAGGUUGCUUCUGAUGGAUGGAAGAAUGAUAAUUGUGGUUAUGGGGAAGAUAGUGUUAUUAAGUUUAUGGUCAAUCUUCCAAAUGCCUCUCGGGUGUUUCAUAAGGCAGUGUACAAGGGUGGCUUAGUGCCAUCACAGUAUGCAGAGGAGGUUUUGUGGGAAACCAUAGAAGGGAUGUGUGGGAAUGCUGUUACCAGAUGUGUAGGAAUAGUUGCAGAUAGAUAUAAAGCCAAGGCAUUGAGGAAUUUAGAGAUACGCCACAAUUGGAUGGUCAAUUUAUCUUGUCUAUUUCAAGGGUUUAUGAGUUUGGUUAAAGAUUUUAGUAGGGAGCUUCCAGUUUUCAAAAUUGUAACAGAUAGUUGUAUCAAGAUUGCCAAUCUUUUCAAUAGCAAGUCUCAGGUAAGAAACCAUUUGCUCAAGUUUAGGUCUCAUGGGGUUGAGCUUGCUGGGUUGACUAGAGUUCCUUCGCCCCGCUGUGAUAUGUCUAAAAACUUUGGCCCUUUUGUUGCUAUGUUAGAGGACGUGAGGAGCUAUGCUCGGAUACUGCAGUUAGUUGUCAUGGAUGAUUCGUUCAAAACAGUGUGUUUGGAGAAUCCCGUUGCUAGAGAAGUUGCAGAGAUGGUGCAAGAUAUUGGGUUCUGGAAUAAUGUGGAGGCUGUUCAUUCGCUAGUAAAGCUGAUCAAGGAGAUGGCUAAAGAAAUUGAGGCUGAGAGGCCAUUAAUUGGGCAAUGCCUUCCUCUCUGGGAGGCUUUGAGAUCAAAAAUAAAAGAUUGGUGUGCAAAAUUUAGCAUUGCUGAGGAACCAGUUGAAAAGAUAGUCGAGAGGCGGUACAAGAAAAAUUAUCACCCAGCAUGGUCAGCUGCGUUCGUACUUGAUCCAUUAUACUUGAUAAGAGAUGUGAGUGGGAAGUAUCUUCCACCGUUUAAAUGCUUGUCACAUGAACAAGAAAAGGAUGUGGACAAACUCAUAACACGGCUGGUAUCAAGGGAGGAAGCUCCUGUUGCAUUGAUGGAGCUUAUGAAAUGGAGAUCUGAAGGGUUGGACCCACUCUAUGCUCAGGCUGUUCAGGUAAAACAGCGGGAUCCAGUGACAGGCAGAAUGAAAGUUGCGAAUCCUCAGAGCAGUAGACUUGUCUGGGAAACUUGCUUGAAAGAGUUUAAGUCACUGGGUAAAGUCGCUGUGAGGCUUCUCUUUCUUCAUGCAACUUCAUGUGGGGUCAAGUGUAACUGGUCCUUCAUGAGAUGGAUUUGUCUGCAAGGCCACUCCCGAGCCGGCCUGGACAGAGCUCAGAGGAUGAUCUUUAUUGCAGCUCAUGCAAAACUCGAGAGAGGUGACAUUUCUAGCGAAGAAGAGAAGGAUGCAGAAGUGUUUGCGAUGGCUAGUGGUGAUGAUGACAUGCUCAAUGAAGUAUAUGUUGAUGCGCCCUCAGUGUAAUUUUUUUUUUUUACUAUUUAAUUACAAUUUUUAAGUCGCUUAGAAAAUUGAUAUGUAGGUAAUUUUAUUCUUUACAUUCUCUUUCCUGCGUCCACUUAUUGCUUCUAGUAGAAGAUUUUGGAGAUUUCUUUUGUAGGAAAGGACUGGGAAUUGAGCAUUGUAUGCUAGAUUGCUAGGAACUUAAUAUAGACACUGAUUUCACGACCCAUUUUCAUGGGAAAAUCAGAGGUUCUUGGUUUGUAGGAAGGAAAUUCUUCUUGUUUGUAGAGAAAGUUUCAAGGGAAAUUAUUCGAAUACGAAGGCUUCUAUAACAGUAACAUUAGGAUGGCUGCCUGUUCAUAUAAUAUAGUAAUGACUGGAAGGAUGGAAAUAUGGAUGGCAUGAAAGGGCAUGGAAUGAAUUCUUGUUUGAUAUGAUACUACCUUUUCUCUGAAGUCAAGUCUCUUUGUAUAUGUUGGGUGCAUAGCAAACCGGAGAUUUAUCAAAUGAGUCAAUGUGGGUGCAAUCAAGAACCAAUUUUUUUGUAGAUAGAAAACUUGCUCUAGAGUGUCUCUGAUCAUGAGAUGAUAGAGCCCCACCCCCACAGUUUCGAGCAGAUUUCUACGUGAGUUGUGGCCACAGAGAAUCAGGAAAUUGAAGGGAAGGGUUAUCUGCCUCUCUCUCUCUCUCUCUCUCUCUCUCUCACACACACACACACACACGCUCCCAUUUGGUGUUUAGUCUUUAGGUUUUGUAUCUGUAAAGCAAACUUCACCCUGAUUAUGCUACUUUAACUUGUUCUUGAAAAUCAUAUUUCUUACUUUUCCACCCAUUUUUGGAAGGUUUACCCAAUGUCGAAAGAUGAAAUUUUGUAGUCAUUAGUUAAUUAGCUUUGAUUGCAGAAAGAUGCUUGAGCAAACCUUAAGCAAGGGAAGUCAAUCGGAAUCAUGAGUUACUUAAAUAUCAUUCCUGAAAGGACUUUUGCAACUAACUUGAACUUACCGUCUCAUUUCUGUAUUGUGUGGGGUUGAUUCUUACACCUCUUGUACUGCUCAGGUGUACACCUUUCUCCGUUUUCUACACUUGCCAAUCAGUUCUAUGGACCUUAAUCCCGUAAGGACUGUAUGGUAAUCUCACAUUCUCACCAGCUUAAUUACUGCUUUUACGCAGGUUUUUGAUCAUCAAUGUUCUCGGGAUGAAAAUACUGAAAGGGGAGGUGAAAAAUAUUGGGGAGUGAUUGAAGGGCAGAGAAUGUACUUGCACUGCUCAUCAUGGGGUGGGCAGCUGGAAAAAAUACACGGGUUUAUGCACUAACAGUCGGUAUGCAUAGCUCGAAUUGGUAGCGUGACAAAACGCAAUGGGAAUAAGUUGGGGUUGGAGGUGCAGGGCUCGGUUUUGGGUUGGUGAGUGUGGUUUUUUGUCUCGGGUUAAAAGGGUCGUGUUUUGGGGGGUGUAUUAACCUGGUAUUGUUGGCGGAAACGAUGGGGAUAAUAGAGAUCCAACUCAUGCUGACUACGUUGUACAAAUUGUAUGUGAAAACAUGAUAAAUCUGGGAGGGUUUUUGGUUAUGUUUGGCAAUGCACUCAUAUCAGCCCUAGUUAGUGUGGUCCUCAGGCUGCUUUUGUGUACACCAGUACGUGUGGUCCUUAAUCUGCUGUGUGUUUUUUUUUUUUGGCGAAUAUAAUUGUCAUUUGUUGAGUUU